AUGGGAGGAAUUUUGAAGAAUCCACUACCGGACCAUAAUGGUCGCUCAGAAGAGUCCGAGUCUAUUUCGGAAUUUAGAAAGCAAGUUUUCAAAAACACUCAACUCAACGCACAACUCAGUUCCAAUAGCCAUAGCGAAGAUGGCCAUCCGGUGCUUUCGCCGAGAAAACAUUCGAUUCCGAAGGAUACGUUGAGUUUGAAGCAUGAGCAGGACACGCUUUCCAAGGCCGAGGAACAGGAAAGAUUGAAGUGGAACCAGCAAAACCUUGAUGACAAUGACUUGGCAAAGCUGCAAUAUCAGGACAUUAGCAUCGACGAGCCAAAGACGCCGUACCAAGGGGCCGUUGACCCCACGGGCGAGUACUACCGAGAGGACGACGAUGAAGAGCUGGGAAGCUUAUCUCUUGGAGACCCCGUCGUCAAACUGAACAAGGAUCAGAAUCAGGCUGGGCUGGAGCAAGGCCAGAGUCAAGGUGAACAGCAAGAGCAGCAGUGGCACUCGGACUCACCCGACGAGGAGCUAGACACAGAACCUGAAUCCCAGGAGGAUCGCCACAAGAGAUUUGAAGCACUCCGGAAGCAGCAUUACAACGUUAAACAAGCGCUUGAUGCUCAAAAAGAUGCUUCUUUACAUGACGAAGAAGACGAAGAUAAUUAA